AUGUCAAAUGAUAAAGGCUCACUAGAUUACCUUCCAAUCUAUUCAUUUCUCUUUCCAAAUGAAAAAGGGUCUAGUUUAUAUAAUGCUUAUGAUCGGGAUGAAGUGGAUAAUAAAUUAGUUAUCAAAAUUGACCAAGAUGGUGAUUGUGCCCCAAAGUUUUCCGUUGCAGAUGACAUUUCAGAAGUAUAUGGUUUACCUGGGAUUCACGAAUGUAUUAAUGGCCAAAAGCCUUUAAGAGCUGUGAUUGAUAUCGAUGCAUCGAAAGAAGAUAUGGAAACAGCUAAUAUUCUCAAAGGAUUAGUAAUUGCUACAUCAUCAGACUCUAGCAAGUGUAGCUACCAUAUUUUAUAUGCACCGGCUCUUCUUAUUGAUCAUCGUGAACUCAAAGCAUUCACAGAAUUAGUAUAUACCAUAACCGGUGAAAAAUUCGGCAAGUUUAUUGAUCGAAAAUUAUCUGGUCAAAAUUUUAACCUUCGUCUUAUUGGUUCGGCAAAAAAAGGUUGCGUAAAGCGCAUUCUUCAAUUUUCUUUAGAUAAUGGCUGGAAUGAAUUUGAUCACGUUAGGGUUCAACCGCCUUCUAGUUUGAAACUUGAAUUAAGACCUCGGAUGCUUAGUGAAGAAAAAAAUAAUAAUCCAUUAAAAAUAAUCGUAGGUCAAGAUGUAUUGCAAAAAUACGCGAAACUUGUUUUGCAAAAGCAUUAUAACUAUCUUAGGAAUUGGACUAUUGAAGAAAAGGAAGAGACAAAAGAAAACUUCGUAUAUUUCAACCGGAAAGGUCCACUAGAAUGCCCACUAUGUAAACGAAGUGAUGAACCUGGGGAAGUUUUUGAAUGCGACCCAUCUAUUGCAGAAAAAAUUCAGAAAGAAAAUAAAAAUAUAUCUUUGGCGUCUAGCAUUCGCAAGAUAAAAGGCCCAGGUUUUCCUAAAGCCUUCAUAAAAUUCCCAUCUUGGGUCAAGUAUAAUGAACCCCUUACAGCGACAGAAACAUAUAAGGAGAAAUAU